AUGCCACCAAAGCUAGCAGUACUGGGAAGGAUUUGGAGGAUACACAUGAGGUCUCUUGUCACACUAGUGAUAACAGUGAGAAAAAAGUUGCUAAUGAUGGAGCAGUCCAGAAAGACUCAGACAUUUGCAGAGAUUUGAACAUGUCAGCAUUGCAUACAUCUUCAAAUGACACUGCAGUUUCAAUGUCUUCCAGCCAUAGACCUAAUGAGAGUGAUAUCAACAGUGUUAGUGAUAGCCAUGUGGAGAAAGCAUGUCCCACAGAAGGUGCAAAUAAUACAGCUAGGGUUGAAAAUGAAAGUAGAGAUUUAGUUAUAGAUGAAGAUGGGAAGAAUCUCUCAAGCAGACUGGAAACAGCCUUUCAAGAUAAAACAGAGACAACAUUUUUCACUCAUGAAUUGGGGGAGAAAGAAAAUCACAAUUCUGUGAGUAAAGACCAUGAAGAGAAAGAACUUAUCAAUGAGGACAAUAUGUCAAACACUUUAGAAAGGAAAAGGAUAUUAAGCACUCAAAAUCAAAGUGAAAAUUUAGUAACCAAGAAUGAUAAGAAUGAAUUGGGCUUGGAUGAGCAUGAAACAAAUCUGCACAAACAGAUGGAAACUGGCUCUGCAGAGUUGACUAUGGUGAUGUCAAUCCUACAGAAAUGUGGAGAGGAAAAUACAGAUACCUGUAUCAUUGGUCAAAACUCUUCUGAAAUAUCAGCUGUUCAAAAUGAUAAAAUGGCAACAGACCUUGUUAGAGUUUCAGAUCACCCUACAUCGAGUACUUCUUUGAAUGUUGGACUUCAAACAUCCACAGAUACUAACAGUAAUUCUACUUGUAAAACUCUACCUCCUCCUCCUGUUGAUUCUAACCAGGAAUUUAUUGGUGUUAAAGAUGAAGUUGUUCUGCCAGCUGUUGAUAACCAGUUAGACAAAAUUGUAACUCAUGUUGAAGUGGAGUGGGAUAAAAGUAUGGUAAUAAGUGAGAACUCUUCUCUGUCUUUGGGAGAAACAUCACCAGAGAGCACUCAUGAAACUGUCAUUAAACACAUGGUUUUGGCGUUAGACGUGGGAAGUCACUUGCAAAACACAUCGUCUGGAUCUGUUUGUGGCCAUACUAAGCUGGUAAAACAGGAAACAAAUUUCUCUGCUGAGAAAGAAGGAAAUGUUUUGAUGUCAAGGUUUGAUGGAGAUGAGGAAAAGGACAUAGUUCAAUUGGUUAAAUCAUCAAGGGAGAAUUUGGAACCAGGAAAUAAAAAAGAAACUUUGACAGACAAUGUGACUAGUCAGAAAAUCCCAGAGUUAUCAAGCAACCCACAUGUAGAGGAAGUACCAUCAUACAGAGACAUUAAUGCAGAAAACAGGCUUAUUUUAGCACUGAGGCUGUCUUGUAAAUUAUCCCCUGGGAAUCUUGUUAAAGAUCUUGAUACUGCAAGUGUAAUGUCUCUUCAUUUGAUGCGCUCUCUAUCACCAGGAGAAAUUAGUGUUACCAAGUUGUUACAGAAACUUCCUAACUUGUCUGAACUUGACUUGUCGGGAAAUCUGCUUGGACCUCAAGGAUUCCGUGUUGUCUGUUUGGCUCUCUGCGGGAAUAAAACAUUGAUGACCCUCAAUUUGGCAAAUAAUUUGGCAGACACUGACAGUUCUGUAAGUAUUGCACACAACUCAACGUGGUAAAAGUGUAUAGCCAUAGGGAUACACGGAGGGAGGUUGGAUCCUGGUGUCCUGGGCACUGAAAUCAGUGAUUUAUAACCUUAAUCUACAUGGCUGGGGUGCAAACGGGAGCCAUGAGUGCUGCCAGAGUCAUUUCCCAACCCCCAUGUUAAAUAACAGUGCAGCCUAUGGUAUAAACUUGAAAAAACCCUUGGGUAGGCACUUUCUUUUUUCUUGGACAUCCCGGUCCUCACACGUGUGCAUAACGUUUUUCGUGUCUGCUUCACAGAAAUGGUGGCCACUUGGUUCUAGGUUAGAAAAAUAGGAAAUCCGAUGGUGUUAACAUUCAAAUGAAACCUUUUUGGUAGAACUUCUGCAUGGUGCUACUUAUUUCUUAGGAUUUUACAAAAUAAAGUUUGGAAUUUUGGUGCCUUUUCUCCACUUCAGCCCCUAUUAAGAGUUAUGUUAGCAGUUUUUGUAUUUUGUAGUAUGUUAAUACUCAUAGUUAGCCAUAUUACAACUACAGUCAACUCUCUUUAACCCUUCAAACCCUAAGAUCAAAAUUUGAAUGAUCAUUUGUUGUCCCUAUUCAUUUCCUACAGAAGUAGUAGGGAGAAGUUGAUAAAAUAUCAAGAAAGUGCAUCUUGUGUGAUCUGUCUUCUCAUGACCGCUCUGUUUUACAAAGCAUUGAAAUUACAAGGAGAAAUUUGAUGCUCCGGAUCGCUCUUAGGGCUUAAGGGGUUAAAGCGGGCACUGUAGGGACCUCCAGUUGGUGUCCUCAUUAGUGAGAGUCUGUAAUAGUGGGAGUCUAUUUCAGUCAAACGACUAUAAUUUAUUUUUGCCUGGGAUUAAGAGCUGCUGUCCAUAUUAUCAGGGUGUCCGUUAUAGCAGAGUGUCCGCAAAGUAAGAGUUGACUGUAGCUGAGUAUCAAUGUUAAUUUUUAGUCCCUUUUCUGCCAAAAUGGUUUCAAUACAGGAAUGCAUAGGGAUCAUGUUAUCAAGUAACUGUUGCUUAGAGAGUCUGGAUGUUUCUGGAAAUGCUCUUGGAAAUGACUAUUUCUCACGCUGUGUUGGACCAGCACUGAUGAAAAACAAGUCUUUGAAGACUCUGAAGUUUUCCAGUUGUGGCUCAACUGAUGCUUCUGCUAUUCUUGAAGCUCUGUGUGAGGGAAAUGCAAGAAUUGCAGUACUUGAUGCCAGUAAUAAUCACUUUGGAGCUGCAUUUGGUGAUAGUUUGUCAAGAAUCUUGCAGGUUAUUGUAAACAAAUUAUUUUUAAGUCAGUCAUCAUUAAUCUAUGCUUAAACCUUAAUGAUCUCUCAUCCAUGCAGAUCAAAGUGUACUAUUAAAAGAUCUACAGCAACUGUAGCAAAACUUGAGUGCCUAUUCAAAAUAACCCAAUGAUUUGUCUUCAAAACCAUCACAACAGUCUAAACUCUAAAGUUAACCUCGUUGUAUUUUAUGUACCUUAAUCCUUCUAACCUAAAUAUCGUUCAUGUUGUAGUUUAGCAGUUUAUUUAUAUUAAUGUCUGCAGAUUAGUAGAAACUGGUGGCUGUAAGUUGAAUUUUCAAAAUGAAUAUAUGAAUUGUAUUAACCUUUACAGAAGGAGGGGUGCUGUUUACAGCAUCUUGAUGUUCAUGGCACUAAUUUAGGGGAAGAAGGAAUGGCUUCUUUGCUAGCAGGAAUACAACACAAUGGCUCUCUUGUCAGUUUAAAUGUUGCAGGAAACAAGGUAAAUUUGGGUCCUCCAAAAAUGCUCAGAUUAGUGACUAGCCUGUCAUUAAAUUUUCUGUCUCAAAGAGGGAGGGGGGUCUAAUUUAAAUAGGGUGCUUAUUGAUAUUUCAGUAUCAAUCAGGGUUCGUCUGUAUGUUGAAAACUUAAGGUGAAGACACUUUAAUUUCGGGAGUUUGAUUUCAAGGCCUUCAAAGUACUUGAAAUUUUGGCCUAAUAAAGUGUACAUUCAACGGUCUGAUGCCUGUGAUGCCCUUAAAUGGCUCAUUCACACAACAAUGUUUGUGCUCAUCCUAGCAUUUAAGGUCAAUUUGUUUUCUGUCGAUAAAGAUAUCGUGUACAUAAUUAUAGUUGAGUCUUCAUGCCUUUCAUUUUUAAAUUUAAUUUCAGGUUUCUGGUCUUUCGUUUUUAAUGGACUUUUUGUUUAGCUGCAUUUUCCAUUCCAAUCUAGAGGAGCUGGUCCUUAAUGGCACCAAAGUUACUGAUCAGCAUGAUGAGUGGAAACCAUUAGGUCUGUCUAGCUUUGAGUGCUGUUAGCUCAUCUUAGUAGUAAUUUAUCUUUAUAGCGUUGUCUUAAAGUUACGUACACAUAAUCAUUGAUCAAGGAAUGAAAAGCCAUUCCAUUUUUUUGUCUUGCAUAACUGGCAAAGAGACCCCAUUAAGUUAAAUUGUGUAGAAGGGAACAUUAUACAUUUGCGAUGUUUUUAUCGUUUUAUUUUGACGUCUAAUAUAGAUUCCCCUUUGAUGGAAGGUAACUCCAGUGUUACCAAGUUACUUCUGUCUGGCUGUUCGCUGACUAACAAGGCAUUGCAAACUUUAUCAGAGAAGAUUCCAGGAAAGCUCAAACGACUCUGUGACUUGGAUCUCUCCAGCAAUGACCAACUAUCUUCCGAGUGUCUAUCGAGUAUUUGCACCUUGAUAUCUCUCGCAGGUCGGUGUUUCUUAGCAAUCGUUUUUGCUUCUUGAGAUAAAUUAAUUUGAGGGAUCUUUACCGACCAUACAAGCUCUGAAAAGGUCGGGUUAUAAAAAUGGAAGUGUAGACUUCUUAACUACCCGACCAAAAGAUUAACGUAAACGUUGUGGUUCAAUUUUAUCCUUGGUUUAAAUUUUCUUUUCUUUUAGUUUUUGGUAUGGUAAUAUACGAUAAUGAUUCUUAAACAAAAGAAAGUAAAAAUUAAACCAAGAAUAGAACUGAACCACAACAUACACAGCAACUCAGGUCAGCCGUACGUAUCUGCAGGUAUGUACAAUAAACUGUGAUGAAGUUGACCAAAAUUAUGUGUAAUCCCUCUAUCCAACAGUAAUGCCUGCAUGGAUCUGACCCCCCUGCCACACCCCCACCCCCACCCCCACCCCCUGUCAAAAAGCUGUUACCAACUGAAGAUCCUCUUAAUCAAGCAUAAUUUUAAACAAAAAACACACACAUUUUUACAUUAUUUCAAACGGAUAAACUUGUCUUAGCAAAUAAACUGUUGAGGACUUCAAGUUUGACUAACAUGGAAGACGCUUGAUAGAGCUACUUGAAAGGUAAAUUCAUGGGGGAAAUGCUGAAACUCGCCGGGAAAGGAGGACAAUAAAGUCCCCAAAAGCUUUCAAUGUGGUCAGUAACGACACCUAUUUAUUCAUUUAAUGUGCCCGGUAUAUAAUUCUAAUUAUUGAUUUACAGGUCCAAGUCAUUUAUCUACAUUAGACUUUUCAUUGAACAGUGCUGAUGGUAUAGCUGUGGACAUGGAAAAGCUACCAGAACUUAAAAAUUUGAAAACUUUGUUGCUAAAGAAAUGCAGAAUAACCCCGCCGAGUUUGGUGGAUCUUUCUAAGUUCAUCGCCUUGGGAUCUCCAGAUUCUUUGCAAAUAUCGGCCUUGACUUUGGAUGGAAUCAAACUUUCUGGUACUGACUCCUUGAGGAGCAUUCUUGGAUUGUCGGCGGAUACAUUUUUACCUAUAAUUCCCUGCGGCAGUCUUGAGUUGCUGUCUCUUACUGGCUGUGGAUUAAAUGACAGAGAUGUCAAACCAUUGAUGUGUGCUAUCGCCGCCGGAAAUGGAGUGCUCAUUAAAGAAGUAAGACUCUCUGCCAACCGGCUCACAGAUACAGCAGUAGACUACUUGAUAGAUCAGUCACCUGGAACGACUCUUUCUCUUCAAACGCUUGAUCUUUCUAUAAACAAGGUCUGUUCUUCUAAGUUUUUUCCUAUAUACAGGCUAAGGGGGCCGUAGGUUUCACCCUUAAAAACUCGAAAUAAAAUUAGAGUUUGAUCCGUGGUAAGAGUAACUCACAGAUGAUGAUUUUUCUCCCAUGAGGGUUUUCAAGGACGACUCUGGCCCACUGAUACCCACUGUUAAAGUUCAUAUCAAGAGUAAAAGAAGAGAAACUCUCUUUGUGAAAGGAUAUUGAUUGGAGCUGUGCAAGGCAUAACCUUUCUUAUUAAUUAACCUAGUGGGCAAUUUUUAAAAAAAUCUAAAAUCAAAGGUCAAACUUAUUUGUUUGAGUGUAUGUUUGUUUUGCCAAUAAACUGACACGAGAAAGUUCUAUUCUUUCCACUGUGGCAGCCAAGACAGGGACAACAGAAACACUAUUAUGGGAUCUGUCUUUAACGUGAGGUCAGGGAGUCAACCAGAUUCAAAAGCCUUGUUUUUAUGGUGCUGUUUGCAUACCAUCUACCCUGUUACUCGAGAAUAUGAUUGCUUUAUUUUAUUAGAUCCGAAAUGGUGGAGCCGAGAAACUAGCUGGAGCCAUCUCAUCCAACAAACUAAGAAACCUGAACAGUUUAUCACUGGCAGACAACUGUAUCGGAAAAGCUGGAAUUCUAGCUUUGGUUGGCAUUAUUUGUCCAGCUUCACAUCUGAGAAUACUGAAUCUCAGAAGUCAACAGCAGCCUUUAGGGGAAGAGGACAUGGAUGACAUAAUGGAACAAGUUGCCAUGACUUUAGGUACAUGUUUGCACAAGUAAGGCGAAUUAAAUUUGCUCUUUAGCUGACACUGACACAAAUUCAUAUCGGUAAGCUGUGUGGUUAUUCCACUUAGUGGGAGAGUAUCUCCACCAAUACCUUAGAAACGGCGACAGCUAUAUAUUACAUGGAUGUAACAAAAAAGGUUGACACAGGAACCCAGUGAGAAAUAACUACGUUCUUGAAAACCGAGCCUAGUGUGCUUUUUAGAACGAGGGGUGGUCACAAAAACAUGUUUUGCGCGGUCAUACGGCUCAAGCAACAUGUCUAAAAACAACUCAUGUAACACACUACACGAAAAGGUUGGAUUUGAAUGGUGUCAGUAAAGAAUUUUGCCCACAGACUUGAAAGUUACAACAAUUUCAUAGCUUCUGUGACUCAUUUUGGAAAAGAGUGAUAACCUAGGCCGGGUUGUUUAAAGCUGCGUUAAGAUAACUUUAGUGCGAAAUUUGAAUUCAGAUGUGAAAGUUGAAACAGAAAGUUCAACAAAGAAAAUUAUCUGAGAAAAUGCCUUUGAACGCUAGAAGAAAAGAAACCCGGAUUAUAGGUUAAACCUGAGUUAAAUUUUACUGUGACACUCACAAAACCGUGCACACCAGAAAUAUUUGUGGAAUGUUAUGGUGUUGCGAGAAGUAAGCCAAUAAGGCGCGAGAUAACUAAACCGCAAACCGCAAACCGCAACGGUAAUUAAUUUGUGGUUUUGAGGUUUGCUUUCGUAUCCUGAACUUUAUUGUGAUUGGGCAGUACACAAUCAACACUCCUGAAAUUUUUCAGGUGUUCAUGGUUUUCUGAGUUUGACAGUAACUUGCGGUUAAUCUUGUCGUUUUAAUAAGCAGCAUGUUGGGAUUAGGAUAUAUCUGUGUAAUAUAUUCGUGUUUUGGUUGCUCCAGAUCAGUGAAGAAACAGUAAAACAAACACUAGGAUAUAUUUCAACUCUCUCUUGACUUCCGCAUUUUGAAAAUACUUUGUAUAGCAGUGUGAGUUCCCUGAUCUUGGCUUUCGCGUUCCCCCAGCAAUUCCGCUAGUGUAUUCACUGGCACGUUCGGCUCAGGCAACGACUCUUUUUCAAAGUGAGCUAUAGCGGCUGUGACAGUGAGAGAGUUAACGGAGACAGUUAAGACAUAAGAUGUAUUGUGUCCACUAAUUUGCAGGAUUUGAUUUGCAAAACAGUGAAGGAUCCGCACCAGACUGUAGUCAUCUUCCAUCAAACCUGUCAAUCAACCUGACAGGGCUUGGCGGUGAACCUGGUGAACUGGGACCGAAACUGGACAGUCAGGCGAUAUUGACAGAUUACAGCUCAAAGCACCGCAGAACCUUAACACUGCAAGACGCGCUCAAGAUGUCAGCGGUAUUGACCCACCAAAAACUGGACUCUACAGAGAUGAGUCAAAGAGAUUGGAACCUAGUUAUCAGUGCCGACAAAGACGCACCUGCCUGGCUGCAGCUUGCGUCACAGAGAGAAUGCGCAGUUUAUGUCAGUAACCUACCACUGAGUGUAACUGCCGAGAAGCUGGAAGGGUUGUUAGAUAAUGAUGCUGAGUGUAAUGUCAAGGAAGUGUAUCUACUUAAGGUUGGUAUUCACGGCUACGCGUCUGGGGUGGGUUUAGCUUUCGUUUGAUUUAUUUGAAAGUACGUUCGAGGCUUUCCACUGAGUCACUGAGUCUAUAAGUCAGUCACUGUCAGUUAUUCAGACCCCACAGACUUGGUACAUCAAGAUGUCAAAAAAAAAAAAUGCUGAAAUAACCUUUUUAUUGUACAUACCGGCUCCCUCUGAAGAAGGGUUACGAAUUUUGAAAGUUGGCACUUUUCGUCCGUGAAUACUAAACCAUUUUAAGCUGUCAAAUAAUGAGUCAGUCUCAGUCAUGCCAAGCCAGUAGUCGGGUAGGCAGGCUGUUGGUGAGUCCGAUCUUCGGUCAGUCAAGUCAGUCGACCAAUCAGUCGGUCAGACAGAGCAGGUCAGACAAACAGUUAGUCAUUCAAAGUAGUCAGUAAGACGGACAGUAAGUCAGUCAGUCAGUCAGACAGACGUUAUGUUAGUUAGACAGUCAGCAGUUCAGUCAGCCAGGCAGUCGGUCAGUCAUAUAGUCGGGUAGUCAAAUAGCAAAUCAAAUCAAAUAUCUAGUAAGGCAGUUAAGCAAUCUGUCAGUCACUAGUGAAGUCUAUCGUCGUUUCAAUCGGUUAGUCAACCUUCCAGUCAUCCAGCCAAUCAAUUAGCCUAAUAGUCUGAUAUUCAGUGGUCAGUUUUCUGUGUACCCUUCCGUUGCAAUUUUGAUUCAUAUACGGGAACUCACUACAAAUAAUAUGGUAUCUGAAGUUGUUGGCGUAUUUAAUUUGUUCUGUAAUCGCGUUUCUGGCUCUUUAGGAUCAAGUUUUAAGAAAGCCAAAUGGUUUGGCUUGGGUCCUUUUUACGGACAUCACUUCAGUGCAAAGAGCUGUUGAUUACUACAACUCUGGUCAGGCUGUCAUGUACGGAACACCAUUUGUCAUUUCCACCAUAUAUGUUCAUAUUCUAGCCGCUGGCUCUGAAGAAAAUGUAAAGAAUAAAGCAACGUAAGUGAUUUUAAUGGUCAUAUUUUUUCAGGUCCUUCGAUGUAUUAUUAUUAUCAUCAUCAUCAUCAUCAUGAUCAUCAUCAUCAUCAUCAUCAUCAUCAUCAUCAUCAUUAUUCUUAGUAGCAGUAACCAAAGGUUAGGGAGUUGCGGGCGAAGAAGUAGGUUUAGCUUAAACGUGCGAUUGAUGUUGAGAACCGCUUUCAUAAUUGUGUACGUUAAUCGAAGAAAGCCCUUUUAGUUUCAGUGUCAACAAAAGACCUCAAAAGCAAUUACGGCGGAUCAUGAACGUGGGAAAUGUAUUGAACAACACAGUAAACAAGACUCGUAUUGAAUUCAACGAUCUAUUUAGGGUGGCUUAGAUACAAUUAGCCUGCGGACUGUUAUAAGCGAGGAGAGAAGGCUGUAUUCGCAGGCAAAGGUACAAUAAAAAUAGUAGUGCGAGACACAAACAACGAUCAGCGUGGAAUGUAUACAGUCAUGUCUCCGUGAAGGAUUAUUAUUCUAUCGGAUAUUCAAUCCGUGUUCAUGAUCAAUGACCAAAGGUCAUCGAAAUGUUAUAGAAAAUCACGAAGAGACUUACUGACGCUUUCAGAUGACAAGCAAUGUAACAUGCUUAGAAACGUAUAGAAAUUUAUAACAAAAUUCAGAUAUAACGCACACUCUGAUUGGUUGAAAAAACAUGGUUUUUAAGAGUAUAAAACACGGAGCUAAAGCUGUCACUCCAUCUGAAGAUCACACCAUGCCGCGGUGGUUUUCAAGACCAAAGUUUCGCAUUUCAGGGUUAAAAAUACACCGUUUAAAGCCACAAAUUGAAGGGAAAAGUUCAAGUGAAUGCUCAGUUUUCUUCUUGUCGACAAGGAAAGCUUUUGGUUACGAAUCGUCCUGCAAGGAAUUCAGCGAUGUUUUCUUCACGGGAGAGCGUAAAAUGUCCUGUUUUAAAUUCAUUCUAAGGCAGCGAAAUUUUUGAAAACUUUUCAUGUACAUUUUUUAGUCUACGUCUUUAAAAGGGAAUUUAUGUAUGUAUAAAUGUUUCACAAACGUUUUAUGAAUUUUGUCAUCGACACUAAAGAAAAAUAACAAAAUACACCCCGAUUUGAGAUGGACUUUGUGUUAGAUUUCGCUAUGUGCUCAUCCGAUUUUACUUGCUUUUAGAUUAACUUCUUAGCUUUGAAUAAAAAGUUUUAAAAAAUUCAUUCAUGGCAUUAGCUCAAAAUACGAUCGCAAGACUAGAGCAUAACUUAUGCGAAGACGUGGGCGAAUUUUAUAGAAUUUUUACUUACAGGUACAGUUUUUAAACACUCUUCGUUACGAAGCUGAAGCAGUUUGUUUUCGAACUGUCAUGUUAAUGACGUCCUGGUUCUAAUUGGCCGCAAUUCGCCCGUUUUAAAAGCACUUUUUACCUUUAGAAACUGAUUUUUCGACGUAAAAAGCACAUUUCUUCUGCAUUCAUUCACAGAACGUCUCGCUUGUUUCACUUUGUGAAUAGUGAUAGGGUUGAUAUUUUGACUGCCUUUGUCUUAUUCAACCAAUCAAAUCAUUUGCCCAUUCUAAAAUGGAUCGUGAUUGGCUAAUUAAGCGUGUUUUAUGAGAGUGUAGAACGUGCUGAGGACAAUCUGGUUCGCUUUGAAAAUUAAGUUGGUUUUGAAAAUUAGAAAGCGAUGCGUGGGCAAUUUAACGGAUUCUUUAUCAUAAAACAAAUAAGGAAGGCUUGACUGUGCUCUGUUCUGUUGUAAAGAACUAAGGAAGUGGCUAUAGUACUCAUGAAGUAGCCAGAGAAAAGAGGUCGUUUCCCCCUACGCUUCCUGCGUGCUUCACAACAGAACAGAACACAGUCAAGGCUUCUUUAUUUGUUAAAUAAAAACCAUGCACUGUAGCGUAACCUGGAUAAGAUUAAUUGCAAUACUUGUAUCUUACCGAAGACUCGUCCUGCACCAAGUUGAGAUCAAGCUCUACUUUCAUUUACCUUGGUAAAUAGGUUUCCAGCCGGUAAAGUUAAUCGAAAAGCCUUGCAUUUAGUACAUAACGUAUAUACCUGAAUUUAGUACGUGCAUUUUCGAAUCGAACAAAUAUAGUUGCAUUCCUUGCAUUUGCAUUCACUCGAUAACCGUGACAUCAGGUAGACCUUAAACUCAACACCAAGGCCUUCUCGGCCACAUACCAUGCAUAUUAGACUGAUUUAGCAUCGGGACCCAGCCUUCAUUUAGGACGGCGCGCCGGGUCAAAGGCCUUGGUACCAAGUUAAAUUCCCGCGUCCUGAGACUGUGGCGUCGCGUUGCGAACGUGGAAUUGAGUAUUUCGGCGUCUUGUCGAGAACGGCGAGUUCAGCAAUGGUAAAUGCACCGAUAAAGUGAGUGUUAUAAUUAACUUGUGUUAUAGAACAGAUUUUCAGCCCUUUGAAAUGUUAUUUCAUUACCUUUUGACGUUGUGUUUCAACUUUUCGACUUUGCAUUCCAGUUCUUUAAGGAGAAUUGAUUCCAUCUUUUGGCUAUUUGAAGAGGCAGUAUAGAGCCCGGUUUUGCUAAAUCAAAUAAGCCCCCCUCUGAAAUAAGCCUUCACUCUCAAUUAGCCCCUCUCCCCUCAAACGUGCUCUAAAUAAAUAAUCCCCCUUGGUCUUAAUAGAUUAUUUACAGUAGCUUCAAAUAUUUUUUCUUGACAUUUAUUCUCAUCAUUGUUUAUGAUGUUAUGAGUGAAUAAAAGUUUAAAUAUUUGGAAUGGGUACUAUUUGUAUAUUUUCGAAGCUUAAUAAAUAUAUCAAUACCAUUACUAGUAAAGUUGUUGUCUCUAAGUGUUCUAAGUUGCCGAUUGUCUGGACAGAAACUGCUACACUUGAAUGAUUUCCCAAGCAAGGGGUAGGAAAACAACACUGAUUGCAAACAUCUUAAAAGUUAAAUUACGUUAGCCUUAACUUCAAUGCAUGGACACAUUUGUGGCCGUUGUAAACUUCACGCUGCUUAUUCUUGGGUUGAGCCAUCUUGCACAAGGUACCUUCCACGAAGCCGAAUCAAUUUGCUAGUGGUGCUCCACGGGAAUGGAUACUUUGAAAAGGUCGGUUCCAAGAGUUUAAACGGUGUUAGUGUUCCGUCCGGUAAACAAAGGCUAAUACGUUAUUAAAAAUCAGACAUAACUCUGUUGGAUUUCUUCCAAACCUCAGCGCCAUAUGACUGUAUCUGCAAGGAAAAGAAAGCCUUUUUAGCAAAAUGCAAAGACCUUCCAUACCAGAGCAGACCGUCCUCUGCCAGCAAACAAAUCUAUCGGGAAAUUUUAAUGUGCGGAGCAGUACACCAAGGUCAGAUUUGUCAAAUCUUUACUCGAUUUUACAUUACUUUACAUCCCAGCCAUCCAAGACAAAGUUGUCAUACUCCCGAUGCGGAAAUAUUUCUCUUGAAUAGUUUUCUUUAUAAAGAACCGUAAAUUCCACAUCAUCAGUGGUAUCUUCGAAGUAAGAAACCAGUAAAACGUCUCGAUCACUUUGAAGGUCACAGGCUGCAGCCAUGUUUACAAAUAUGCGUCCGCGGAAGUCCGCGUCCGCCUUUUGUAUUUUGCGCUAAAUCCAUUGCCUGCGUCGCAGACGCUCUAAACCUUCUGUAUGGAGCGGACUAUACAAAUGGUUUAGACGAGUGCGUGGGCCGGCUGCAACGUAGGCUAUAAAUCCAGAGUAUCAGGUGACGUCGGGUCCAGUACUCCCGUCCUUGAUAACCGCCAAUCAACGGCGCGUCCUAAUGUUAGUCGUUACGUCCUGGUGCUAAAUCAGUCUUAGUACGCAGAACACGGUCAUCCCAAGAAUGUGGUUUUGAAAAAACCUCCCUAUACCGUCUAUACCAUAUUUUCCCGUGCAUAUAGCUUUCUGGUUCAGUCAACUCCUGUAAAUUUCUUUUUGCAGAAAUCGAGCAUGAACUAGUUUGACCGCACUCAUUUGUUCUAGUUUAGCCUUUGAAAAGAAGAGGUAGUCAAUUGUUCCUAAUUUCAGUUGCUUCAUGUUUUCCUCAUAAUCUUUUUAUGUCAGGAAAGAGAUGGACCAACGAGCAGAAGAUCGUAAGGCGGAUCGAACUGCGAAUGCGGAACUAGUUCAAUCAAAUUACAAAGAAAGUCUAGCACGUCACGAGUAUUCUGCCCAGCAUCCUGCGUACGCAGAUGGUCGUGUUUGGUGA